AUGAGACUAGCAAGUCUGCUGGUCCUCCACGCAGCGGGAGCAGGCCUCGCAUCACCCACAGUCCUGGUCAGCAGACCUGUCUCCAAGGUUCCAGUGGAAUGGCUGCCGAUAGACAACCAAACUGUCUAUAGACUGGGUGAAGGGGAAAGUAGGAGCUUGGAGCUGAACACCUCAUCCAUAUCCCAGAGUAUAGUCUUCAUCACCAUCAGUCCGUGUUCCAGGGAUUUUCACUGGGCACUAUACCACGGAAAGGCUGGAAAUAAUAAUGGCCAACUGAUACUUCAGAAAGAAAGCGCGAGUGGAGAAAUGAGCACAUUUUCUUUAAACACAUCACAGCACGACAAAUAUGUUAUGGUUUUAUCAACAACGCGAGGUGGUGCAGCUGUGGUCAGCGUUCGCGGUGAGGCCACAAGACAUGUGCGCAUGCGUCUUCGAGUGCGUUCGCGCAGAAGGUUGGCUGCUAAUUGGGAACCUAGCCCAAUCGACCCUCAAGAAACCACAUACUGCGUAGUAGCAUCACACAGAAAGAACUACACGUCACUCUGUGCAGCCCACCAUGACAUCAAAAUGAGUCGCUUAGAGAACAAAUCAAACAGAUUGAAUCAAGAAAUGGAUCGUAUUAAACAAAACGAACGAAUAGAUAAUGAAACUCGUUUUGAUUUAAUGUCUGAAGUUGAUAAUAAGAUCAAUGUGGAUUCAGACUUUUUCAAUGUCUAUGAAGGGAAUUUUAAUAAUGUUUUUAGGAGGAAGAAGUUUGGUCGCAGCACCAAAGUGACAGAUGAGGAUCCAGUUAUCGCUUGUGUUGGUGGAAGAACGCAUCAUUUGAUAGAAAACUUGGACCCUAGUACGACUUACUUUGUCAGUGUGUUCGGUGUAGCCAAGGACCGUCGCUCAGGGUCUCUGUUGGCUACGGGCAGUGUCCGUCCGCGCACGUCCACUGCAAAGCGACUUCGCGAAAACAUACCAACCAAAGCUGAUAUUAGAGGAAGAAGUGUAUUUUAUUUUAAGGCAACAGUUGGUGCUGGAGGUGGUCUCUGGUUGACUCUAUCUACCUGUGGAGGAGCAGUCGAUGUCGAAGUUCUGGUCAGGGGCAAAAGACUACACUUGGUUAGAAAUAUAGACCCACACUCCAAGUUCUUCGUGCCAGCACCAAUUACUACAUCUUCAAUCCAAGAGACGAGUGAUGAAGGAUCUGUGCAGUUUGACUCCAGUUCCGAGGAGGCUAGAAUGAGAUACGUUAUCAAAGUUGUGCCCAGUAAAUGGGAUAGAGAUGGCGCUGUGGGUAUUGAAUUGACAGCGUCAACAACGCGAUGGGGCAUGAACACUCCAGAAUUGACUGAAGAUGGAGCCGUCGUCAGGGAACUGCGGCCAAUCAGAUCUUGUAGAUCUGUAGAUGUAGCAUUCUUACCAGCCACACAUAAUGCAACGGAUGUCAUCAGAUACUGCAUCAUUGCUCGAGAGACGAUAAGCGGAGAGGUCUAUGGAUGCUGGUCAACUAGAAAAGCAGUCAAGGGCCAAUGCGUAAACCAUACACAGAAGACAUCCAGAGUGAUAAAACAGAAAAUUGGAGGGCUAAAGGCUGGAAGAAAGUACGCAAUCCAAGUUAUUGCUUCAAAUAAAGGAUAUUCAGUGCCUUACAAUACGUUGUACGUUGAUACUAAGGUUUCAUGCAAAGAGGAUUGA